AAAAAAGGAAUGUGGAUGAUGAGUUUGAAGAACGAACUUACAAUCGCCAUGGAUAUCACACAGUCCAAUACGCUCACUAUGGCCGGGAAACAAGACGACGAUAUCGCAAUCCGCAUCCAACAAAUAUCAGGAAUCGUACGCAGAUAUACCAGAUUCCUGCGGAAAAUAAAAACCCGAGACAAUCUCCUGAGAUACCUAGUGAAACUUUUAAUUUCGAUGAAAUCCCUCAUCAACCAGUCCACAACAAUCAUUAUCAUGCGGGAAGUUAUGACACGGCACAAGAAAAAGAAAAUAUUCCCGUUAUUCCGCAAACUGAUCAUCGUACCGAUAAUAUACGAAGAGGUUUUGGAGAUUCUGCCGCCCAUGUUCAUCAUUUUAAUUUUCAGAUGCCUGAAGAAAGCAAUAAAGCUAACAAUCCUAUCGGUUUACCAGAAACUAAGAAUCGUGUACUUUCUAAUCAGCUAGUGAACAUUUCUGACAGAAAAAUUUCAAAUUCUAUCCUUGACAGUGAAGGAAAUGUAUCUGUUUUAGAGAAUCCCACUGCUACCGAUUUACAUUCCGGAUCUCAUGUUCGAUCUUCCUCACAAUUUUAGGAAUAACUAUUCUUCAUUUCGAAAGAGCACUAAUGGAAAUCCUCAGGAUAAUUCACAGCAUAUUGUACCUAAUUUUAAGUAUGGUAGAAGUUCCGUAAAUAACGAAAUAUAUAAUGGUAUAAAAGAAACUUUUCCUGCUGUUUCUGAAAAUAUUAACAGUUUUUUUAAGACUUCUUUGGGUGAAAAUGCUGGUAUUAUUUCAUCAUUUCAAUAUUCUUUUCCAAACAAAGUGGAGAAUAUCGUGAAUACAGAUCAUGAUAAAAACAUUUCCAGCAUUCCUUUUGUUCCAGAUCGAGAAAGCCGAAUUGAAUACCUCGGAAAUUUGUAUUCAGAGUUUGACAACUUUUCUCCAACUUUUAAACCAGAAAAUGAAAAAUUAAAAUUACACAAAAGUCACCUAAGUAGUCAUGUAAAGACUGAUGAACGAAUACCAAAUGCUAAACUUUACAGACAAAGUGCCACCAGAAAUCGUAAUAUUGAAACAGAGGCUUUAGCGGAAGAGAAACUACACAAUGUAAAUGGAUAUGAACCACAAAUUAUUGAUCAAGUAGGAGAUACCCCAAGUACUACCGAAUACCCAGAUGUAUCUAUUAAUGUACUCGAGAUCCCUAAAAUAACAAACAAAUUUGAGAACCUAAGCAACAGAGCAAAAUCAAAUAUAGCUGGACAAAACAAUGAAGACAUUCGCACAGAAUUUGAAGGAUUUUAUGAUUUGCGUGGCAAUUAUCCUUCUUCUCGUAAUAAUCAAAAUCUUAAUUCUAGUAUUCAUCAGCAACUAAACGGUGAAGAGAGACAGCAAUUCCUAAUUCCCAAUUCCCAUACAUUUACCAACCAUAUAUCUUCACAGGUUAACGCUUAUGAUAAUUUGAAACACAAAAGUAACGUUUCUUAUCCACAUAACACGAAAUCAACGACUCCAAGGGAAGAAAUUCUCUACACCACAUCUUCUCCUGAACAUGAAAGCAUAAUAAAUACACAGAGCAAUUAUUUUAAUAAAAUUAAUAAUUUAACAGCCACAUUUUACAAUAAUCCAAAUUUUGAUGCAAAUAAUAUUAUUCUUACAGAUACCACGAAAUUAACAGCGCUGGCGGAAGAAUUUCCCUACACUAUAUCUUCUUCUGAGCAUAAAAGGAUAAUAAAUGCGCCAAGUAAUUACAUUAAUGAGGUUAAGGAGCUAAAUGCUACAACUUACAAUAAUCCAAAUAACCGACACAUCUUUCAAACAUUUAGUCACUCUGCAAGAAACUCGCCUACUAAGCAGAAUGCAUUCUCAUCAAACGUAAUCAGUUCAAAUGAAUUUUUGUUCUCAAAUACUCUUGAUAAGGAUAGAAUUUCAGAACCAAAUGCAUUAAAUAUUAUUCCUAAACCAUAUGCAAUUGCAGAACUACCAACAAUGGGUAAAAGCAUUUCUAUUCCCAGCCACCGCUCAGAUCUUCCAAGCGAAAAUACACUUGACGAAAAUAUCGAUAAUAAUGCUUCUUCUAACUCUGAAAUUAAUAAAGAUAAUAUUUUUUCCAAACCUAAUGGAAAUAAUACAAAUAAGUAUAAUCUACAUACAGAUAUAAAACCUAACUUAAUCACUGAGGACGAAACCUCUCCUCGUAGGAUAAGAUUUCAGAAUGUCUUGCGUGAUUUUAAGCCAGACAAAAUAAUAAUUGAUGUCGGAAAAUUAUCAACUGAACAACCACCAGACAGUACAUCAGAUUUUAGACACAGAACCAAAACAAAUGACUCUCCCACUAACAGAACCUUUAACAAUGUUAUAAAAGCAAGAGACAAGCAAAGUGAACAGUCCGCGGGGACAACAUUUCGCAGCCAUCCUAUUUAUAUUACAAGGGGUCCAAGAUUAAGAGAAAAUCACAGUAUACAGAAACAAAGACAUAAUGGCGUCACUUUUCAUGUAAGAAAAGACGUAUUUCCCCGUCAAGAGCAGCUCAAUAACUCCCACCAGCAAGGGCAUUCACGAUUAAUUUAUAGUCGUAAUGAAAUCCCUCUUCAAAGCGAAAUAGUUUCUGCUCAUCAGUUCAGGCAUCCACAUCAGUAUGAUCAUCAGUUACAAAUGAAUGUUUUACCACCAGGUGUUUCAAUGCACCCAAGACAUCCACAAGCUCCUUAUGCCAAUAUGGUCCAUGCCAAUAUGAUACAAUCUUUGCCUCAAUCAAACUCUGACCACACGUCUCACCGACAACGUCAUCAUCGGAAAAAGGAUCGCUUUACAAAUUCUUGUUGCAAAACAACUGAAAGUUCGAGUACUCGACAAUCUUGCUGCAGAAGUGGUAGUUCUUGUUGUUCAGGCCUCCGAAGAACGUUACCUAGAACAUCAUGCUGUUCUUCAAAAAAUAACCAUAACAAACAGGUACAUUUUCCUUAUCGAAACCAGAAACAAGUUCAAAAUGACCAGCCUCAACCACAAGUAACAGGAAAACUACUGGAUACGAGAAAUCGUUGCCAAAAGGAAAAAAUGUGCAGGACUGUUUAUGAAAGCACCCAACAAGUUAUGGUGUGCCGAAGCGUAAAUAUUGCAGGUUGCUGAUAAAAACUUUUAAUUUAAAAUCAUUGACCUUAAACUUUCGUUUUGUUCACAUGUCCAUACUGAGUGCCAAGAUAAAAGUGUCAAAUAAAAGAUUUCGUUACUACGGUGUUUUAAAAAUUGA